AUGUGCGGGCGAGGGAUCUCACUUGGGGUUAGAUUGGGUUUGGCUAGGGUGGUAAAUCUUUCAGAGAAAAGCAAUCCUUGGAUGGCGGUGGUCGUUAUCUUUCCACUCCUCAUCGUCCACCACCACCACCUACAACCAGAUCAUUACCACUACCACCACUACCUGCACCACCACAACCACAACCGUCACUUCCCAAAGAACCCAUGA